AUGGAGACUUCCCUAAGAGUGGCCCAGCCCGAGGUCUCUGUCAAGUCCCUGGUGUCAUCUUAUGAGACCCGAGUGGUGGGAAGAGCUCCGGGGCCGCCCCGAAAAAGGGGCUGCGUCUCCUCUCCCUGCUCUCCGCGGGCAGCUUCGCCUAUCCGGGGGCCACCUGGGCCGCCACACCACCGGAGCCUCGCGGGGCCCGGGCAGCGGCCCUCACCCUGCCGGGGGGCGGACAAAACCCUCCUGCCCCUCAUUCUCUACUGUCACAGCAGCUCCAGCAUGCUGAGUGGCAUCGACAACAAGAUCGAACAGGCCAUGGAUCUGGUGAAGUACCACCUCGUGUUUGCGGUCCGGGAGGAGGUGGAGGUGCUGAAGGAGCAGAUCCGGGACCUGGCGGAGCGCAACGCUGCACUGGAGCAGGAGAAUGGCCUGCUGCGAGCCCGGGCCAGCCCGGAGCAGCUGGCCCAGCUGCCCUCCUCGGGGCGCCCCCGGCUCGGGCCUCCCCCACCCAACGGGCGCUCUUCUCCCCCAUGGUGUGCCUUUAGGGUCUGCCACACUUGUCAGGCCUUGUGCCAGCGGCCUGUGCCUGCAUCCCAUACAGCUUCUACACGCCCCAGACCAUCGACCUAGCCUGGUCGCCCCAAGUCCCCAGAUCUUGAAGGAGGAGGGAGGGCUCAGCACAGGGUGGUGGAUGGAGUCCCCUCCUCGAGUGAUUGAUGCCAG